UUUCCGUUAGGUGCUGGAGGCUGAGGCGCGCGACCGGCCGCAGCCCCACGUGAAGCGCUACGCGUGCAUCGCUCGGCGGGGUCGCUCCCCGCUAGCCGCGGAGCGUCCCGGAAGCAGCGGGGAACCGGAAGCGGCCCGGGGGGGCGCAGAAGCGAAUCCCGGAGCCCGGUGUGAGGCGCCUCGGAGCGCAGCGACGGCGCCAUGUCCCUGAUCUGCUCGAUCUCCAAUGAAGUGCCAGAGCACCCGUGCGUGUCCCCUGUCUCUAAUCAUGUUUACGAGCGGCGGCUCAUUGAGAAGUAUAUUGCAGAGAAUGGCACAGACCCCAUCAACAACCAGCCUCUGUCCGAGGAGCAGCUCAUUGACAUCAAAGUUGCUCACCCAAUCCGACCCAAGCCUCCCUCUGCUACCAGCAUCCCAGCCAUUCUGAAAGCCUUGCAGGAUGAGUGGGAUGCAGUCAUGCUGCACAGCUUCACUCUGCGCCAGCAGCUGCAGACGACCCGCCAAGAGCUGUCCCACGCUCUGUACCAGCACGAUGCCGCCUGCCGUGUCAUUGCCCGUCUCACCAAGGAAGUUACAGCUGCCCGAGAAGCUCUGGCCACCCUGAAACCACAGGCUGGUCUCAUCGUGCCGCAGGCCGUGCCGAGCUCACAGCCGAGUGUUGCGGGUGCAGGCGAGCCGAUGGAUUUGGGUGAGCUGGUGGGAAUGACCCCCGAGAUUAUCCAGAAGCUUCAAGACAAGGCCACUGUGCUCACCACGGAGCGUAAGAAGAGAGGGAAGACGGUGCCGGAGGAGCUGGUGAAGCCGGAGGAGCUGAGCAAAUACCGGCAGGUGGCAUCCCACGUGGGUUUGCACAGUGCCAGCAUUCCUGGGAUCCUUGCCCUGGACCUCUGUCCUGCCGACACCAACAAGAUUCUUACUGGUGGGGCAGAUAAAAAUGUUGUCGUCUUCGACAAGAGUUCUGAGCAAAUCCUGGCCACCCUCAAAGGCCAUACCAAGAAAGUCACCAGUGUGGUGUUUCAUCCUUCCCAGGAGCUGGUGUUUUCUGCCUCUCCAGAUGCUACUAUCAGGAUUUGGUCAGUCCCGAAUGCCUCCUGUGUGCAGGUUGUUCGGGCCCAUGAAAGCGCUGUGACAGGCCUCAGCCUGCAUGCCACUGGGGACUACCUCCUGAGCUCCUCUGAUGACCAGUACUGGGCCUUCUCUGACAUCCAGACAGGGCGUGUGCUCACCAAGGUGACAGAUGAGACCUCUGGCUGCUCUCUCACCUGUGCGCAGUUCCACCCUGAUGGGCUCAUUUUUGGGACAGGCACCAUGGACUCGCAGAUCAAGAUCUGGGACUUGAAGGAGCGCACCAACGUGGCCAACUUCCCUGGCCACUCGGGCCCCAUUACUAGCAUUGCCUUCUCGGAGAAUGGCUACUACCUGGCUACGGCGGCCGAUGACUCCUCUGUCAAGCUCUGGGAUCUGCGCAAGCUUAAAAACUUCAAGACGCUGCAGCUGGAUAACAACUUUGAGGUGAAGUCACUGAUCUUUGACCAGAGCGGUACCUACCUGGCCCUCGGGGGCACUGAUGUCCAGAUCUACAUCUGCAAGCAGUGGACAGAGAUUCUUCAUUUCACAGAGCAUAGCGGCCUGACCACAGGGGUGGCCUUUGGGCACCACGCCAAGUUCAUCGCUUCAACGGGCAUGGACAGGAGCCUCAAGUUCUACAGUCUGUAGGCCCUGGCCCUUUGGAUCUGGGAGCUGGGCCUCAUCUCAGUAGCGGGGUAGAAUUAGGGGGGGGGGGUGGGGGGGAGGAGGGGGAGAGACUACUGGGGGAGGGGGGUCUCUGGGGCGGGGCAUUCACAUCAUUUCACUCUGGUCUGGGUGGUGACCUGAGAGCCACGGCGGCGGGGACCACCCUCAUCCAUGCCACCUCCAGCCUGACAGGAAGGAUCAUGGGAGGUAGAACUGUCACCCUGUGAAGGCUCGGGUCGGAGCCCAGGGCCUCUCCCCUCAUGGCACUCAUUGAGUUUCAGUUCCUGGGAGAUGGGGAGAGGCUGAGCCAAGGGAAGUGUGAAGGGGAUGGGCGUGAGGGCUCUUGCAGGUUUUUGUAAGCAGUGAUUUAGUUUCAUUAAAAAAAGAAAACAAUAAA